GGGAUUUGGGCAGCAUCCAAAACACCCCGAAAGGGUCUUUAGGAGCUUAAAACUAUCUCUACCCGCUUGCAGGACUCACUUGCCAUCUGCUUCUGGCCCUGUGCUUGGCCUCUGUCCGGCUUGGUGUUGGCUUUCUCCUUCUGUUUUAAGGCACCUUUUCCUCCUGCAUUCUUUCACUGGUGAGCGGUACCCACCCAACCUCCCACCACCAUGGAAGCCAUCAAGAAGAAGAUGCAGAUGCUGAAGCUGGAUAAGGAGAAUGCCAUCGACAGAGCCGAACAGGCUGAGGCGGACAAGAAGGCAGCCGAGGACAAGUGCAAACAGGUAGAGGAGGAGCUGGUAACGCUGCAGAAGAAGCUGAAGGCGACUGAAGAUGAGCUGGAUAAAUACUCGGAGGACCUGAAAGAUGCUCAAGAGAAACUGGAAGAGACGGAGAAGAAAGCUACUGACGCCGAGGGCGAUGUGGCAGCUCUGAAUCGCCGUAUCCAGUUAGUUGAAGAGGAGUUGGAUCGUGCUCAAGAACGGCUGGCCACAGCCCUGCAGAAGCUGGAGGAGGCAGAGAAGGCGGCAGAUGAAAGCGAGAGAGGAAUGAAAGUGAUUGAAAACCGGGCGAUGAAGGAUGAAGAGAAAAUGGAAAUUCAGGAGAUGCAGCUGAAAGAAGCUAAGCACAUUGCUGAGGAGGCCGACCGCAAAUAUGAGGAGGUGGCUCGUAAAUUGGUCAUCCUGGAGGGUGAGCUAGAGCGUGCAGAAGAGCGGGCUGAGGUGUCAGAACUAAAAUGUGGUGACCUGGAAGAGGAACUUAAAAAUGUAACUAACAAUCUGAAAUCCCUUGAGGCUGCGUCUGAAAAGUACUCUGAAAAAGAGGAUAAAUAUGAAGAAGAAAUCAAGCUUUUGUCUGACAAACUCAAAGAGGCUGAGACUCGUGCUGAGUUUGCAGAAAGAACAGUUGCCAAACUGGAGAAGACUAUUGAUGAUCUGGAAGAAAAACUUGCCCAAGCCAAAGAAGAGAACGUGGGAUUACAUCAGACACUGGAUCAAACAUUAAACGAACUCAAUUGUAUAUAAGCCAACAGGAAGACUCUCAACAGAAACUGAAGAACUCUCUGUCAUUCCCUUCUCUUGUACCAAAUGUCUUCUAUUAUUGCAUUUUCUUUUUCCUGGAAAUUUUGAAUUAUGAACAUGUGACCAAAUAUUUGCUAUCAGAGAGGCUAUGGCCACCAGUUAAAUCUAAUUCUUUCUUGCACAUGCACACAAUAGCAUCUAGUCAGCUUUAUUUUUAUCCUUAAAUUGCAUUUCUUUCUUAGGUAGGCAGGGGUAUGUAACAUAGUACAAAUCCUCCAAGAUUGAGGGCAUUAUGUUACUGUAAAAAUGUGGAAACUAUCAGCGUUUGUAAAACAGCACCAUUCUUUCCCCAUUGGCAGAGAGAGAGUUCGCUGGGGUACCUGGUCACAUUUAGGUGGAUUUAUGAAACAUGGCUAAGAAAUACAC